UCAAAAAAAAAAUUUACAUUGUGUAACUUUUUGUUAUUAAUCUAUAAUAGAUAAAUAAUUAACUUUUUAUACAAAUUUAUUUUAUUAAGGUAGUUAAUAUUUGUUUAAAAUUAUUGAAUAUUAGGAAUAAAAUUUUAUAUAUUUAAUAAGAAUUGAUGAAAAACGAAUUCUAACCUAUAACUUUUUACAAAGAAUAAUGAAACAUCCUUUUUCUCUUUAUAUUUACAAAUUUGAUUAAAAAAAAAUUGAAAACAAAAAUGUCAAAACCGUCUAAAUCGAAAGAUGCACACUUGGCUUGGCAAAUUCACAAUGAAAUGAAUCGUUUUGAUGUCACAGGAAUAACGGAGAAUGCAGCUUUUCCGGAUGAUACAAAGGAAAAUUAUAAACCAAAAACUUUGAUUGAUAAAACUUUAGAAAUAAUUGAUCCAACUCCUAAUAUACACACAUUGUUUGUGCAAUUUAAUAAAAAAUUCUUUUCAAAUCAUUUACUCUCUGUUGAAGUUAAAUGGAGUCAUCGAAUGACCUCAUGUGCAGGCACUUGUACUUUUAAUACUGGAAGUCGAUAUUGUGUAAUUGCUCUCAGUAGUCCUUUACUUAAAUUGAGACCACGAAAAGAUCUCGUUGAGACAUUAUUGCAUGAAAUGAUUCAUGCUUUUUUAUUCGUGACAAACAAUAAUCGCGAUAGAGAUGGACAUGGACCUGAAUUUUGUAAGCAUAUGCACAGAAUUAAUAAAGAAGCAGGAACCAAUAUUACAAUAUAUCAUACUUUUCAUGCGGAAGUUAAACUUUAUCAACAACAUUGGUGGCGAUGCAAUGGACCUUGUCAAAAGAAACAUCCAUUUUUUGGAAUGGUUCGUAGAUCAAUGAAUCGUGCACCAGGACCAAAUGAUUGUUGGUGGAAUCAACAUCAAUUAACUUGCGGUGGUAAAUUUAUAAAAGUUCGAGAACCAGAGAAAUUAGAAAAAAAAGGAAAAAAAGAUAAAAAUGAGAAAAACAAUUUAAAGAAGCCAAAUUUAGAUAAAUGGUUAAUACCAUCGCCUGACAAUAAAAAAGGUAAUUCGAAUAAUUUAAAAAAACCAGAAAAUAAAGGAUCGAAUAAUGAUAAAAUUGGUUCGAACAAGAAGAAUGGUGGAAAUAAUUUUUUUAAAACAGGUGGUGUAAAAACAAAAGGUGGUGGUUCAUCAGUUUAUACGGUGAAUAAAUGGAAUGCAAAUAAAAAUUCAAAUGAACCAGAAGUGACAAAACUUGGUAAUACAACAAAUAAUGUUCAUGGUUUUGGUACAGGAGGUCCUGGUUCCACAUCUUCAAAAGCAACAACAUCUUCCACUUCUGGAAAAUCAAUUUCCUAUUCGGGAACAUUAGGUGGUUCAGGUUCGGGACAAAGUCGUUUAUUACAAAUAUUCAAUUCAUCAAAAACAAAUGACGAAAAGAAAGAAUCAAAAAAUUUUGAUCCAACAGUAAAAUGUCCAAUUUGUAAGGAUUUAAUUUUAGAGAAAAUCUCUAAUGAACAUAUUGAUUUGUGUCUAAAAAAAGAGAAAAAUUCUUCGCUUUUAAAUUCAACGCCAAAACAAAAUGAAAAAAAGAAUAAUGAACUAAUGAAAAAUAAAAAAAUAGAUAAUGUCAAUUGUCCCGUGUGUAAUAAAAAAUUUUCUCCUUCUUUAAUAACGGAACAUAUUGACAUAUGUUUGUCAAAUGAUUCUCCAUCAACAAUUGUAAUCGAUGAUUCCCUGAGUGACAUUGACAGUACACCAUUAGCUAAAAAAAGAAAAAUUUCCGAUUUCUUCGAUACUAAAGAGCCAAAAAAUAAUAAUAGUAGUAGUAAUAAUGAAAAAGUAAAUUGUCCCGUUUGUAAUAAGGAAAUAAAAAUUGACGACAUGAAUCGUCAUUUAGAUAAUUGUUUAAUUGAAAUUGAUGAAAAAGAUAUAAACGAAGCUGGUCCUUCGUCGCGUAUAGAUAAUAAAAAUAAGGAAAAUAUAGUAAACAAAAAUUCCGAGGAUAGUGAAAAGAAAAAAAAAGCUGAAAAAUGUUUGAUUUGUAACAAUAUUUUGGAUCCUGAAAUUCCAUUAACUCAACAUUUGGAUGAAUGUUUAAAGGGUAUGUUCAAUGAUAGUGAAUCAAGUAUUAAAGAAGAAAUCUCUUCUAAAAAGACAACUGAAUUUAUUGAAAUCGAUGAUUCAUCAUCAUCAGAUAAUGAAUUAAGUCCUUUAAAUGAUAAAGAAAAAAGUAAUCGUUUUCCGUGUCCCGUUUGCUUGUCACUUAUACCUCAAAAUGACAUGAAUAAUCAUUUAGAUUCAUGUGUGGGAUAAAAUUUUUCCACAUGACUGAUAUUUAUAUUUAAAAAAAAAACUCAAGAAGAAAUAUUUUUAUAAUAUAGAAUUUUUGUAUUGUUUUAUUAUUUGUAAUGAAAAUAAAAGUGUUUUUUUUAUAAAAA